CACCGAUCAACGGAAAGAGCCAAAGAUGUCGGCUCGGUCAAGUGAUCAGCUGUGUCCAAUCACAGCUGAUUACACUGAUCAUCAGAGCACUGAUGAUCAGUGUGCCCUGAUGAUCUGUGUAGCCCCAGCAGUGCCACCUAUCAGUGUCCAUCAGUGCCAGCUGUCAGUGCUCAUCCAUGCCACCUGCCAGUGCCCAUCAGUGCCACAUUUCAGUGCACAUCAAUACCACAUAUCAGUGCCCAUCUGAGCUGCCUUUCAGUGUCACCCAUCAGUGCCACCUAUCAAUGCCAGUCAGUGCCGCCUAUCAGUGCCAGUCAGUGCCGUCUAUCAGUGUGCAUCAGUGCCACCUAUCAGUGCCCGUCAGUGCUGCCUAUCAG